AUGCGAAACAAACUCAAGAGGAGCAAAAGCCGAACGUCUACAACGAGCCGAAGCAAAGCACAAACCACCGGGGUGAUACUUUUAUCCGAGUCGCGCUGCUCUGAUGGUGAAACAACUCCUGCUGCAAAAGACAAACAUGUUUCACAUGUUGUUACAGGAUUUUCUGAAAGACACGUUCAGUCACUGCAAGAGGAGGGCAAUAUUUUUUGCGCAAAAUAUGCUAGAAUUGCACCAAUUUUCUUGAGCAGGAUAAAGCAGAGCAAGAGCAAAAACAUCAGUGAUGGGGAUCAGGCUGUGGAGAGGACGCAGAAAUCAGUGCUUCUUCCUCAGAUUGAUGAUGUACAAGUCUCUCAACUGAAAUGUGAAGACGAGUCUGUUCUGUCCACCUGGAGAGGACAGCUGUCACCAUCAGCUCUGCACAGCUGUCUGGAAGAAAUCCAAACAUGUAAUCCAGUAUUCCCAGUUCAAGCAGUGUUCAGGACUCUGCAGAAGAAAGCAAGUGAGGGGCUGCAUGAGUGUGGAUCCACAGGAUGCUCCUCAUAUCCAAGCUCCUUGCAGAAAUGCCUAAAAGAGAAGCGGAAACGUGAAAAUGAAACCUCUGAGAAGAUACCAAAGCGUCUCAGGUCUAAUCUCACUGCAGAGGAUGCUGCUUGUUUCAGUCACUGCCAUCUGUCAGCACAGGAUGUCCAGGAAAGUGGUGUCCCUGCUGAAAAGAAGCAACCCAGGAGCAGCCGGCUGAGUCGCACUCAGAGACUGAAGCUGCAAAGCGGGAGCCUCGCAGCAGACCUGGUGAACAACUGUGAACUGAACUCUGAAUGGACAAAUCACGCAGAAUCAGACACCCAAUCACUCAAAAACUCUGAAACUCUACAGAGAGAUUCCUAUUUUGAAGAUGUGCUUUGGACAGACAAGUACAGUCCUCAGGAUUCAAGCGAAGUCGUUGGUAAUUCUGCGUCAGUGAAAAGAUUGCACAGUUGGUUGAAGAAAUGGAAGCUAAGAGCUGACCGUGAUGAGAGGAGAAAAAUGGAAGAAAGGAAACAAGUAGAAAACAGUAAUGACUCGUGGGACUGUGGAGACUUCCAGGGUGAGGCUGGGGCAGAGGACGGAGCACAGGAGCCACUGUGGAACACAAUGCUGAUCACAGGACCUUCAGGUGUGGGGAAGACUGCCUCAGUGUAUGCCUGUGCUCAGGAGCUCGGCUUCAAGGUAUUUGAGGUGAACUGCUCCUCACAGCGCAGCGGCCGCCAUGUUCUGUCCCAGCUGCAGGAGGCUUCCCAGUCCCACCUAGUGGAGAUGUCCGGGACAGACCCACUAAAACCAGCUUACUUCCACAACUACAGCACCAACAGCUGCACUGCUAAAUCUGAGACUGUACCUGGAAAAUCAACUCUUCAUAAAAAUGUCAUCUCUACCCAAAAAAAUCUGGCCUCUUCUAGACGCAAAGUAAAAGCUAAACCAGCCACACUGACUUUGGCGCACUACUUUAAGAUGAAGGCCAAAGCAGAUCACUUACAUUUUAGUGGCAUGUCACCAUGUGAAAAACCAGACAGCCAAAAAUUGGGCGAUUCAUCACCAGACUGUGAUCAAAUAGUGCUACAGAACAAAAAGACAGCCACAUCACUCAUUCUCUUUGAAGAGGUUGAUGUCAUAUUUGACGAUGAUGUUGGUUUCCUUGCAGCCAUCAAGACUUUCAUGACGACCACUAAAAGACCAGUCAUUCUGACCACCAAUGAUCCCAGAUUCAAAGAGAGAUUUGACUGCAGCUUAGAGGAAAUCAUUUUCAAAACCCCAUCUGCAGUGAAUGUCUGCAGUCACCUGCAGCUGGUGUGUUUGGCGGAGAAAGUGCGACUAGAUUUGGAUGACGUUUGCAGCCUCUUGAAACUCAGCUGUGGUGAUGUCAGACGCUGCCUGUUACAGCUGCAGCUCUGGGUGAACAGUGGUGGAAGACGGGGGUCUCAUAGUGGAAGCUUCCCUAAAAAAACUAUCUGUGUGGAGGACUCAAAUGAAGGGGCAAAGUGUUCAGGCUCACAGCUUCCUCCCUGCAAAACAAACUGCUCUGCCAACAUGUUUGGCCUCCAUCCUGUAACUCCAAACUAUCUGCUGAACCUCCUAAAGUGUCAGGCCUGGUCAGAAGUAGACAUGAACAAGCUCCUGAACAUCCUCUCUGAGAGCUGGAGAAGAGGUGUGCCUCUUCUCUAUUCCAACCUGGAGCUUCUUCUGUCUGUAGGGGCCAAGAUAACUUCAGUCUACAACAUGGAGAAGUUGACUUAUUCUGAGCAGCAGAAUGAGCCGGUACUGGUACCCUCUGAGACUAAUCUUCACUUGCAGAAGCAGAAUCAAAAUAUCAGUCCAAACGUGUCAGCGACAAACAGCAAACCAGUCAGGAACAUCUCAAGGCUUAGCAGAAGAAAGUACAUCUCAACAUCACCUUCCAAUCCAUCCUCCCACAAACCUCAGAAAACAUCGUCAUUAAAUGGGACUUCAAGCUCUCCAAGUUCAAGGGACAAAACUGUACAAAAAGCAACAAGUGACUGUUUAGAAGCCCUGACCGACUUCUUUGACCUCAUGUCGUACCUUGAUGCCACAGUGCCGACUGCAGGUAAGCAUAUUCUGAGCUCAUGCACACCUGAAGGGUUUGUCUGGUCAGGAGCGGAGUUAAACGACGGUUUGUUGGAUGAGAUGAGCAAGGAAGAGUGCUUGAGUUGGAGCCAGGAGAAGCUGCUGGACAUUCAGACUGCUGUUGAAGGUUUGGGGUGUCGCAGGUGCUUGUGGAGAGUGUCCGAGGCGUCGACUAAAACGCAAAAAUACAGGCAGACACUGGAGGACAAAAACUGGGGGAAGCUGGUUGAGAGCCUGGCUUUAACCACUUCUUCUAAAAGACAGAGCCUCAGCUUUAGUUUUCCACCACUGUGUGCACCAAGUGUGUCCCAGAGGAGAUACAGACUGAGCAGGAUGGUGCUCAGCUCUAAAUCCUUCAGCCUGCUGGGCAACAGACAGGCUGUAAGUGUGGACUACAUGCCGGUGCUCCGCUCCAUCUGUCGCUCUCACAGAGUCCAGCAGCAACAAGGAGAGACAGCAAGGUGUCUGAACUACCUCAGUAACACACAUCUGGGCCUCUCAAAGUCAGCGAUGCAACUCCUGGCAGAAGAUUUCAAUUGAUGAAAAGGUCUGGACAUACCUGGCAUUUUCCCUAACUCACUUUACUCCUGCCAGUAUUUAUUUCAAUAGAAUAUUGUCAAAUGAAUUGAAUGCUGUUGAGAUGAGAAAUUAUGUUUUAUUUACAUGUAAGUGCAACCAUAAAGAGUGAAUAAAAGUCUAUUUUUGUGGAGCA